UUAAUCUCAAUGGCCACGAGUAGAGUCCCACAUGUCUUAGGAUUUCUUCUUUGGAUAUCUGUUCUCCUCUUCAUCUCUAAAGCGUUAGUAAUUGGUAAUUUCAGCUCGAUAUCCAUAAACCGUUUCUCCUUUUCUUCGGUUAUUAGCUUGCCGCGACCGGGAAGAAGAGCUUUAGUGGUGAGGAAGUUUGAUUUCACACCGUUUAUGCAAGAUCUUCGCCAAAAAAAUCAUCAUCAUCAUCAAGUUUCACCACCGGGAGGAUCCGAAAUCGACCCGAGAUAUGGAGUCGAGAAACGACUCGUCCCAUCUGGUCCAAACCCCUUGCACCACUAAUUGUCUUCUUGUAUUUUCCUUUAGAUUUUCUUCAUUUUUUCUUUCGAAUUGAUAGUAAAAAUUUAAUUCAUAAAAGCUAAUAUUAUUUUC